AUGAAAUCGGUAUUAUUUUUGGCACUGUUUGCUGUCGCGUCAGCAGUUCAGUAUGAAUCCAGUGAUAUUUUUACAAAAGAACUCAGUGUGCCUGAAAAUCCAGAAGAGUUUUUCAGCAAUUAUCAAAAUUCGUUGAUUGUCGAAAAGCAAAGGGAACCAAGAAUAUCAAAUGGUCAAAAUGCCACUGAUGGACAGUUCCCAUACGCAAUUCGUGUCACAAUUUUUGAUACAACUGGUGACACUUUUGUGUGCAGUGGUGUAAUUAUCUCUUCGACAUUCAUGCUUACCGUUCGCCAUUGCUUUGAUCCUGUCUUAACUUAUCGUGUCAUGGCUGUUGUUGGAGCUGCUGAUCGACUUAGUAGUGAUAUUGUCAGUAGAUUCAGUGAACGUUUCUGGUUUGCACCAGCAAUUGAUGGCUGGAAUCCAGACUUAGCUGUAUGUGAAAUGAGUGAACCAUUCCCAUUUAAUAGUCGAAUUGGAUCUAUUAGACUUCCAUCAAGAACACAACAGGGCUAUGAGUUUGCAGGAUAUCCAAUUCAAAUUAUUGGAUGGGGCAAGUUUGAAAACUCUUAA